ACGUCGCGCCGUGGUGUGGCAGGGCAGGGUGGGGGGGACACAGUCGGCUCCUGGCAGCCAUCCCCCGGCGUCGCACCGGCCGUCGCCGACGCCUCGUGUAGACCGGGGGGCGUCGUGAACGUGGCAUUACCAUUUUCACGGGGUGAGAACAAACAGCAAAAAAAACAAUGUAAUCAAUAUUUUAUUUUGCCGGCGCUCGCGUGAACGUUGCGCGCCCAUGAAGCAUUCAUUGUCUGGGUGGAAUGAGACCGCGCAAGGCAAUUAAUGGGUUUGUCAUAUACAGUGCGUGCGGCGGGUGCGCGCGUGUGUGUUCUAUAUGAAUGAAUUAAAUGACAUCUGGGCCACUGUGCAGAGAGCCACUGCAGCAGAUGUGGUGGCGGUGGGGUUUUCUUUUUUUUGGGGGGGGGGGGGGAUGGGGGUGUUUAUUCCGUGGCAACGAGCUGGCAUCAACAGCGGCGCGAUUUGCGAAUUCCUCUCCUCUAAGAAAGAAGACGGUAACGCACGCGUAUAUAUAUAUAUUUUUUUAAAAAUAAAAUCAUCGACGGCGCUUGACCCAAAUUCGUGGGACGAUGCCCCCGACUGUUAAAAAGAAGAGGCACGGGAGGAAGAGAUCGACGCGACACAGAGGUUGAAUGAUGACCAAGUCCUCCGGGUCGUCUCAACGAGGAAUGAGCAGCAUACACGGGCAGAGGUCUGGAGCUGCUGAAUAUAACUGACAACAAAGGAAAUCAUCGGAAGCAAAUGUGAGGCUCAAAAUAAGACUGAAAUAGGGAUGCUACUGCCGGUGGUGAAAUGUGAACUCAAAUCGUCGGAGGUCACAAAAUUCCAUCCCUUACAAUAAAAUCAAGGUAAAAAAUGGAAUGGCUGCAAUGCAGCUGCUGUAGCAUGUCUGUGCACUGGUGUGUGACCUUUAUGAGAUGGUAGAGUCUUCUAAAAGCGUGCACUUUCUUUUACAUGCACUCAAAAGACAAUAUUCAUCAAUCCGGUCAACCAAAAGAUGAACUCUCUCAUGCACCUGCCUCCGAAUUGUCCUAUCACAACAACAAAAGCCUCCUCACACAAGAAGAAGGGAUGUCAUCUCUCAACUAGCGCGCUUGCUUCGACAGUGCGACCAAGCACACGUUCGGCCGUAAAUGCGAAGGAAGGGCCAACCAAUGGCUUGUCUUCAAUCGAGUUUGAAGACAAGCGAGGGGGGUCCACUCGACUUGGCUCCGGCUCAGCUCGUCCCACCAGAGCGCCACUAAGGCGACGGGGCGCUUGACCGAGGCGCUCGAUACCGGAACGCACACACGUGCGUUUGAGGACCCUGCUCGGCCAUGCCGGUACGCAAAUACCGCCCGGUGCGGUUCCUGCGGCCUCCUUGGUCAGUGAAACGCGGCCACCUUGGGUGCCGCUCGCACCUCGUGGGGCCCUUCAGCAUCUUCUGCCUCUUCGUCGUCCUCUCCGCCUUCCCGCCACAGUGGCUAAGCUCGCGGCACGCUGCCCCUUUCGCCUUUUCUCCGGUUUCGCCAGACUACGGAGAGAGUGAGCGACAGCCCCAGCCGCCGCCGCUGCUAGUGGGGGAGGACGGAGGCGUCUUCUACCGCGCGCGGGGGUUCACACGGCGCCGCAACCCCGACGCGCUAGCAGCGUGGACGCUGCGGGCUCGGUCGGAGUGGACAGACGGGCGUUCGAAUUACGCGGGCGACGGGAAACCCGCUUAUGCAAAGGCCACUGCGGUGAAGGUGAACACCUCAAAGUCGGGGCCAGCAGUCCACAGGUUGGUGUCAAUGGGUCACGUGGAGUUUGCCGAGAACCUUUCUGUGGCCCACGCGGCCUCCGAUGGUGACAACGAUGUUCCGAUGGAGAGCCAAAACUUUGCGUACAUCCUCAACGAGCCCAACAAGUGUAUGCCGAGCCACCCCUUUCUCGUGCUCCUCAUAUCUUCCGUGCCGGCGCAGCUCGACGCCCGCCAGGUUAUCCGUGAAACGUGGGGGAACGAGAGUCUGGUGCCGGGCAUCGUCAUCAAACGGCUCUUCCUGCUGGGAGCGGCGCCUGCGGAGGCAGGAUCGUUGCGUGUGCAGUCGCUCCUCGAGGAAGAGAGCCGUCGUCACGGGGACCUCCUGCAGCAGAACUUUGUGGACACUUACUACAAUCUGACGCUAAAGACCAUGAUGGGCCUCCACUGGGUGUCGGAGCACUGCCCUGACGCGGCCUACGUCAUGAAGACCGACAGCGAUAUGUUUGUAAAUGUGGAGUUUUUGGUGAGCACGGUUCUCAAGCCAGAGCUCCAUCAGCCUUCGCUCCCUGACUACUUCACGGGCUACCUGAUGCGCGGCUACUCCCCGAACCGCAACCCCGAGAGCAAAUGGUACAUGCCGGUGGAGGUGUACCCGGGGGAAAGGUACCCCACCUUCUGCUCGGGCACCGGCUACGUUCUGUCGGGCACGCUGGCCGCUCGCGUCUACCGCGUGUCCCUCACCAUCCGGCGGCUGCACUUGGAGGACGUCUACGUGGGGCUGUGCUUGGCCAAACUCCGCGUGACGCCCACCGCUCCGCCCAGCGAGUUUCUCUUCAACCACUGGCGGGUGUCCUACUCGGCGUGCAAGUACAGCCACCUGGUCACGUCGCAUCAGUUCUCCCCGGCCGAGCUGCGCCGCUACUGGGGUCACCUGCAGCAGCACCGGAGCAGCCCGUGCGCGGGCAGGCGUGGCAAGGGGCGCAACCGGAACAUUCGAGCCCGUCGGCGCCGGCAGGAGAUUCCAGAAAGGCUGCCCCGGAAUGCGAUUCACAUCAACUGACGGGCCCCUGGAGAGGAACCAAUGGAUGGACGUGGAAUGUCGAACGCUGAAUUUCUGUGCUCGUACAACGUGAAUAUGAAAGGGAUCUAGGUUUUUGAUGUUGGCCGAUUUACAGCAAGCUUCCGCUCGGCAUUCCAGGAUAUCCUGUCGUAAUGCAUUUGAGGGUUUUUUUUUCAUGCAGAAUCUUCCCCUGUGCCAUUUUUUUAAAAUCACAAUUCCACCUUCCUCCUGCCUGCUGCACUUACUCCUUGCACUGCUUCCCAUGACGUCAUCUGUGUCCCAUCUGAUUCACAUGUCCGAGUGACCUUGCCUGCCUUUGGAUGUUAUUGCUGUUAUAUCCAUGACGUCUGAUCUAAGUAGGGCAGUCAUUUGCCACAUUUCGUUUCUAUUGCAGUAGAUGAGAGAACCUGGAGUCAUAAUUGGUGACAAGAGCCUGAACAAUGCUUCUGGAAAGAUUAUGGUUUAAUUUCAUAGACCACACAACACAUUUCGAUGUGACACCGUUUGGACUCGGCAAUUCCCUAUAUUUAUUUUUAAACGUCCUUGCAGAAAUUGUUUACAUUUUAUAACUUAUACAGAUUUGAUAAAAUGAAAUCGUAUAGCAUGAAGUGCCCAGUACAGUUUAUCUUUAAACAAACUAUGGGUCCACUGUAGCGCUUUUGGGGCCAAUGAAUGAGUGUUUUUCAUGACAUCUGACUGUCGACCAGGCCUGGUUGGGCCCACCGAAAUGAAGCUCACCCACUAUGCCACCAGUCACCUACCGGAAAGUGUGACAGUUGCCACAAACACUGCUGCAAGCGAUUAUCAUCUUGUAUGGGAUUGUUGUCAUCCCCUACACAAGACUCUUGAUGAACACCACGAUUGUUGUGGUAAGCUGUGGUGUUGUGCUGCAGUGCCAAAGGGGUAGUGAUCGUCAUCAGGAUGUUUUUUUAAAAGCCAUUUCAAUCCACUGCUGAAUUAAGGGGCUUCUUCGCCAGUGCCCCAACACCGAGUCCUAUGCAGCCACGAAAGGAAAAUACAGCAGUGCUGAGUUUUACUCUGAUUCGUUGUUGAAUUCACCACACGAUAGUGACAUUGUUUUCAUGUUUUAAGGUGUUUUAGCUGAGCAUUUUAAAUAAUGUAUGGUCGUGCGAGCCUGUGACCAUAACUCUCCGAUUUCUCAACGUUACUGCUCUACACAGCGUUAGACUCCCAACCCAAAGUGUCACAAUUACAUGACGAUUUGGGUAAGGGCUUGGUGCAGAUCGUGUUGCAGUUUGGUUAACAUGGGAAUCAAAUGGAGUCCCCUCUCCAAUUUCCUUCACACAUUGAAGGCUAGCGCCUGCAUAUCUUCAAACCGUGGACCCAGGUACAAUUGUACCACUCGAUAGCUAUGCCGCCGAAUGCAAAUUUUCUGAAUGCACCCAGUGCAUGCAAAUAAUUUGCCUCGGGAGUAUCCCACAUCGUAAAAGGGCAUUUCUUGUGGCUUUUUUGUCGUGAACUUUUAAAUAAUUGAUGUUCGUAUGAAACUUUAAUACGCUAUCGAAACCUUACAACAGAAUCGAAAAUUGGGCAAAUUGAUGAGAGGUUCGUAUAAAAUAAAUGGAACUGAAAUGAUAAAAGGUGAUUCGGUAUAAAUUUUAAGAAAGACUUUUGUGUGGGAGGCAAGUUGAAUGUCAGCAAGCCUGGUAUGUAACUUGAACCAUAAAACCCCAUUCUAAAAUGUUGCUAGCCCCAACACGCCUAGUCUUAACCCUGCCUGGCAUCUUUCACCAUAAAUAGGACACUUAACAAGCCUAACCUUUAUCAGUCAACUUUAACAAGGCACGUCUUUAGCCUGACCCUAACACAUCCGGCGCUUACCCAAACGCUAAUCACUACCGUGUGUAGUUUGAACCUUGCCAUAUUGAUUGAUUGACCUUUUCUCUCCCGAUAUCAAAUCGAUGUCUCAUCAACUCAAGUUCUUGAUGCACAUCCCAAGGAGCAAUUUAAGCCAUUUCCAAUAAUAUUGUGAGUUAGUAUUACUGUAGCCAAUUCGCAUGGCCUUUUUGUUUCCACGCAAAUUAUGGCCCGAAAGAGAUCUCGGAUCAAAAUGUGAUGCACUCUACCAUCAAGUGUCCCUGCAGAAGACAGUCUAGGGGAUAAGGGGGCCUUCCUGUUUGAGGCUGAUGUCUUGAAGGCGCCCUUGGUAGGUAUGUAGAAUCGAUUGAAAACUGAACCUCACAGCCUAUAACGUGUCUCACUGUGUGUGUGUGUGCAGCCCUUGCCCCUGUGUGCACUAUGAAAUGUAACGUACGUGUAUAUGCACUAUGAAUUAUGGUGUUGGGCCUUUCAUAUUAUCUGCAUGCUGUAGGCCUAGGGCGUCAUAGUGAUGCAGAGUGCAGCGUAACUACCCACUGACUACUCGGUUGCAAUUGUGUACAUACAAUAUCAAUGGGCUCUCACCUGCUUAAAUAAAAGGAUGUGAAUUCAUGGAAUUUUUUUACACGGUUAUUUAUCAUGAAGUUUCACAGUACAGUGUGCUGACCAUACAGGGUGCAAUUAAGGCCGCAAAUUAGCAGAGGCCAGCACUCGUGAAAUAAAACUGAGCUCGUGCUUGUGUUGUCUCGCUUAUGGCUCGGCCUGCGGUGUGUUGAGACUCGGGGGAGUGCAAGAUGUAAAGACAAUUAAAUGUUUCCAACGAGGAUGGUCCACCACGAGGCAAAGUGCACGUACAUGCACAGCCCUUUUGUCAACCACUUCUGCACGAGGGCUCCUUCCCCAUGCCGUAACCUCCGGUUCGCACGGUUUGCUACGUACGGUUCGAAAGAAGCUCAACAUGUGUACGAACAUACAUGCCAUGGUAGUAAUGCGUGUUGUGAGGCCAGACUUGACCACAGAGGUGGAUCUCAAACUAUCCAAGUGGGGAGGCCGGUCCAAAAACAUAGUUGCCCAACGUCAAUAAACAAGCACAUUGUAUUCUCUAUGGUAAAUAUCAAUAGAAUACCAAUUUUGGGGUCUCAAGAGCGGUGGGGGCGAUCACCCUCCAUAAUUUCCUUACCCUUGGAUCCGCCACUGCUUGACCACGCUAACUGGUUGGUGAAGGCAGGGCACGUAGAUAUGGGAGCAUGGAAGUACAGCAUGACAGUAGAUUUUUGCUGUACUUCUCUCUGCUGUCUGCAACCUUAGGAUAAGUAAUUAUGAACUCCUACAUUUGAACCUUAUGGCGGGACCCCGGGGUCCCAUAAGCCCCCGGCUCUCGCAUAUACAUUAUAUUAUAAUGUAAACAAAAACUUUGCUUUUUUUCACCAAUGGGUUUGAAGGAUUGUGGCAAGUGUUGUCUUGUUAAACUAUGCCUUUGAAACUGAAAACUACUUACACUAUCAAAAAAAUGAUUUACACCCCUGUCAAUCAUCGUGCUACUCAGUGUGGAUUUGUGAACACACUUUGUAUACAUAAAAUAGUAAGCGUUUUCAAUGCGCUGUUCAUAUUGUAACAAGCGUUUAUACCAAUGUUACUCUACCGAGUAGUGGGUCGCCGCUCCUCUUAUCCGCAUUGAUACGAGCGGUAUGUGGGGACUAUGGCUUAACCGCAAAAAAUAACUAUCAGCGCAGAUGUAUACGGACAAGAGAAGUAUUACAAAACAGGAGAAAUUGACGGUGCAACGCAUCUCAUCUGUUUAAUAUCUGCAGGUAAUAGGAUUGUCAUCGAUUGAUCCUGGCUGCAGACACUGGUAGGUCACAAAUAAUAAUGAGGAUAAGAGAGCAGUUUCACUGUGUUACGCAUAACGUUAUGACAAAUAAAGGACUUAAGUCGUGUCGGCAGUUUGAGCAGCUUUGGAUAAGACUUAUGAUCCUGCCCGUACCCGAGCAUGGAGUGCAUUCGCUUGUUCAGCUCUUGUGCGCAUUCGUCCUCGCUGCUGCGCUUGGACGACGACAUGACAACAGAAUGAUCCGCGCCAGGUGGGUCGCGGCGUUUAUGUGGGAUGGAGUCGCCAAAAAAAAUAAUGAAUUUCGAUUUUUACUUUCGUUUAUUUCCUGGACGUCGGGGUCCCGCCAUGAGGUUCAUUUGGUAGGAGUGGUCAGUGUCCAUUCAAAAUGUGUGGGCCUGAGCCAGUGGUGGAAAUUCCACAUUCUGUUGGUGGGGGCCAGGAUAUCCAUUGGAAGACUACGGCUGCUUUCCCGCAAAGUGGUAUACAAUGGUUCGGAUAUCACUCGCCACAGUAAUAGAAUUCGGAUCACCAGGUCCAUAGUGUUGUGCGCGAACCACUGCGUCACUGCUCCCCCUGGAAACAUGCUUAAUGUCACAGUAUAUGGAAGGGGAGAGGCCCAAAAGUUGUUCAACCACGAAAGCAGAGAUCCAAGUCAUUAAUAUAUUCUGCUCACUAAUGCUAUGUUCCCACGGCCUUGGUGAAUGUGUUAUAGCUUCCUUAUCAAAGCAACACUGCCCACUCAAAUCUGGUCAUGCAUCUGGGUUUGUCGCUGACUUGGCACGGUAUUGCUACCAUGGAAAUCUGGGCUUCCUGACUCGGCUGGCCUGCUUUUCUAGUGGCUAUGGGAAUGUGGCACCACGUCCGAUAAAUAAUCUGCCUGAUAAGCCAGGCACAUGGCAGUGGUAAUGAUUGACGUUGUCGUGACUAUCUGGUCAAAUUAUGUGACACUCAAGACAUGAUGGGGAUUGGCAUGUGGACUAUGUUAGUGACCUUGAUCUGAAUUGACUUUGAUAACAUCGAUAAUCACGCCCUGCAGUCAGGAUGCAGUCAACAUGACUUCUAUAGCUGAGUGUCACAAUUGUAAAUGCAUGAUGAAAAUGAAUGUUGAUGCAUUGUUCUUCAUCUUUAGGCAACUAAGUAUGUCAGUAUUCAGCAUUGUGUCAAUCACAGUUUUUAUGACAGGGUAGUGCCCUCCAUCAAUCCCAGCCUGAAUCUCCCACAAGUCAUUGCGUCAAAUCCACUUUAGUGAGGGUUAAAAUCACAUUUAGAAUCAAAAUCCGUUGUUAAAGUAAUCUAUCUGAAUCUCAUACUUGUCAAAACAUGGAUCAUGUACUCACCCUCCCAUAUAUACACGAAUAAAAACCAAGAUUUGUUUGUUUAAGUUGAUUUUAGGAGUCAAAGGGGACCCUCCACAAGUGUUGAAGAUUUUGCACGUAAUUUCAUCGCUAUCAUAUAUAUCAUGACAGUCCAUAACAGUGCGCAUGAUGCAUGAAAGGGCGAGUCAUACUAUAAAUCCCAUACUAUUCAGAACACAAUUCCGAUGCCAGUUAAGAGCAAACAUUCCAUAAUGUGAGAGCCAGAAUCCCAUAAUGUGAGAGACAGAAUCAAAUACUCCUCUGAAAGUAAUUGUAUUCGGACCCUCAUUGCCAUAAGGGAAGAGCUGAUUCCCUUGAGUCAGAGCGUGAAUUCCAUUAUAGCGUUAGAACCAGUAAUUCAUUUUCCUCCUCUAUGGCCACCCAUUUGUUUAAUCUACGAAGUGUUUUCAUUCGCACCUUACCUUAAAAAUGUUUUACCGUAUACCUCCUGCUUUGCUGGUCUAAGUGAUGUAAUCUGUCUGAUGUCUAUAUUGGUUCGAACAUCAAUCCUCUGCCAGCACCCCGAUGCAUAAAUACAGGCAAAACCACAUAUUUUAUACUGGUAGGAACCUCCUGGUUACACC